AUGGCUUCGCGCCGUCCAUAUGCGAUUGUGCUUUUCCUGGCUUCAUUUUUCGCGUCUGUGUGUGCCAUGACACCCUCGAACGGGGUCGAAUUUCUGUUUCCGACCCAGGGCGCAACACUCCACUACAACGACUAUGUGCAAGUGCAGUAUACAUCAGAAUUCAACGCACCAUGGCUCUACACGUUUUGUAGAACGGCCAGCGGUAGUGUUGCGCAGAAACAAAACCAAGGCGUAGCUGGCUACAACAGCACUGCUCUCAUCAAACUUUCAUGGUCGGGCUCUGACACGCCGUGUUGGUUUAACUUGAAGCCCAGCGCAGGCGCAGCCGUGGGCAAGGGCGCGAAUUCCGACAAUUGGUCAUUUGACAUCUCAGAGCGCGCCGCGACUACUGUCGGCCUCAGCUCUUCCGCUGCUGCUACUCCGACUCCACCCCCUACAUCUUCAUCAACCACGGCAACGACGACUGCUUCGGAGACACCAACAAAGACUCCCUCGGAUGCGUCAACGACAACUUCUUCAGAAGGAACCACAACAACGUCCUCUGCCGAUUCAACGGCAACAUUAUCAGAGGAGUCGGCGGAAACUUCGUCGGAUGAGUCCACAGGUGGCAGUCUCGUCUUGGCCACCUCGACGAGUUCCGCGGCUGCAGAGACCUCCUCAGCCUCAAGCGCCGGACUGUCGACGGGGGCACAAAUUGGAACUGGGAUCGGCGUGGCUAUCGGAGGAAUAUUUAUCGGCGUUGCUGCAGGAAUAUGGUACAUGCGCCGAAGACGGCAGAAGGCUAGGCAGGGCGCCUUUGCUCGGAUCGAAGCUCCUCCUCCCAGCACGGGGCAUGCGUCCAGUAUCGGGGAGUGGAAGCCUCCUGUCCUGUAUUCAGCAGAGAUGCCACACCACGUGCCCUUGACAGAGUUACGCGCUCCUGCCCCAGCAGCGAGCGAGCUGAAUGCCGCUCGACCAGUCUACUAUGAGUUGCCAUCGCACACAGGCAGAUGA